AUGAAGCUCGCCAUCACCACCCCCUCCCUCCUCCUCUCCCUCGCCAUCUCCGUCUCCGCCGCUCCAAUCGAGAAUGAAAAGCGCCAACUCGGCAGUGGCCUCUCCCUUCCCUCCCUGUCCAGCGGCUCCCCCCCAACCAGUCUCGGCUCCUCUGGAGGGCCUAGUACUGGGCUCUCAAGCAGCAGUGGAACAACCGGGACUGGAACUGGAAGUCUGGGGACAGGAUCAAUUGGUGGUCUCGGCGGCCUCACGGGCUCUUCAGGGCUAGGGAGUCUUGGAGGCUCAUCGACGUCCGAAAGCAGUGGACUGGGGAGUCUCGGCGGGCUGACGGGCCCGAGCGGUAGUACCUCAGGUCUGGGAAGUCUGGGUGGCGCUUCGAGCGGUCGUCUUGGUUCGUUAGGCGGACUCUCGAGCUCAGGCAGCAACUUCACGGGCUUGAAGGAGAAGCGGCAGUUCGAUCUUGGUAGUUUGCUCGGUGGAAGUUCUGGAAGCGGUACUUCUGGCCUGAGCGGCCUGACUGGUUCUGCAGGAACAUCGGGUUUCGGAUCUCUGGGUUCGCUGGGAGGUCUGACAGGAACGGGAACCAGUACAGGGACCAGCACUGACAGUACCGCGGCAAGCUCUGGGACCUCCGGCACUAGCACUGGGACUUCAACGACUUCCGCCGAUGGGAGCUGCAAGUCCGUAACCUUACUCUUCGCGCGUGGUACCGGCGAAACAGGCACCAUGGGCUCAGUGAUCGGUCCUCCCCUCGCCAGCGCUCUCGAAAGCCAACUAGGCGCGGACAAAGUCGCCAGCGAGGGCGUCGACUACGCAGCAAGUGCAGGCGGCAAUGCCAACCUCGGUGCUUCCGGUGGUCCGGCAAUGGCCUCCCAAGCACAAUCCAUCCUGAGCUCCUGCCCAGACACCAAGCUCGUCCUUUCAGGCUACUCUCAGGGCGCAAUGGUCGUGCACAACGCUCUUAGUUCGCAGGGCCUCGAUGGCAGUAAAGUUGCUGCGGCGGUUCUCUUUGGCGAUCCGUUCAAUGGCCAGGCUUUGGAUGGUGUUGAUGCGUCGAAGGUGAAGGAGUUCUGUGGAGGUGCUGAUACCCUGUGCUCAGGUGGUGGCGGUACUACUUUGUCGGGCUCUCAUUUGAGCUAUGGUGGCGAUACUGAGGCAGCGGCUCAGUUCGUUGUGUCCGCCAUUGGAGCUUGA